AUGAAUGAUCUUGCGCGUUAUCAAGAUGUCAUUGGACAAUUAUCUCGACUAAAAACAUAUACCCACGUCCUCUUAUGUUUUCCCAUGCCAGAGGGCGUAUCUAGGGAUUCUGUCGCCAAAUUGUUGGAGACUGCGGCAUUGAAGCUCACAUCCACCUUUCCUUGGCUCGCUAGCAAAGUCAUCAAUGAAGGCAGUAGACCUGGCAACUCCGGUACCUUCAAAUUGGCCCCGUGCUCGUUGUUCGCGGCUCCUAAUACCGUCAUACGCGUCAAAGACUGUUCCCGUGUCUGCGUUUCCUACGUGAAGAUUACUCAAGCCCGAGGCCCUUUCCCCCUAUUUGACGGCAAGAUCCUUGGCCCGGUCAAGGCUUUCCCCGAGAUAUACGAAGAAUCUGAAUCUGAACCAGCACCAGUCCUAGUGAUUCAGGCCAAUUUUAUUCAAGGCGGUAUUCUCUUAGACGCAGCCGCCCAGCACAAUUUCAUAGACGGCGGGGGUCUCUUCCAAUGUAUGCGGCUUUUCGCAAAAGCCAUCCGUGGCGAGGAGUUUUCAGAUUUCGAGACCCAGCAAGGGAACCGAGAUCGCAGAAGUUUGAUUCCACUGCUCGGUCCCAAUGAGCCAAUGCUGGACCACAGCCAUCUCCGACGUCCACCAUUAUCAGAGUAUCCAAGCCAACAGCAAUCUCCCACGACCUCACGGCCUCCAGCAGCGUGGUAUUGCUUCCGCUUCUCCGCUCCAAAGCUGGCACAACUCAAAGGUCUCGCUAAUGACGAUAUCAGUCGCGGAGGAUGCGACCCUUCAAUUCCUUUCGUUUCUACCAACGACACUCUCAGCGCCUUUUGCUGGAAAAGGGUCGGCGCGGUCCGUCUACAUCGCCGCCAACGACCUGAUGACUUGUCAAAAUUCUCCCGCGCCCUCGAUGCCCGGCGCGCGAUGCAGAUUCCCAAAGAAUACAUGGGCCAGAUGGGCUACAAUGCUACAUGCAGGCUCAGUUUCAGGGAGCUUGAAAAGGCGUCAUUGGGUACGGUUGCAUCGAUCUUGCGCAGGACCGCAAGAGACGUGAACAACGAAUAUUCGGUACGCAGCUGGGUCACAUUCAUUGCCAACGAGCCAGAUAAGUCCAGCAUCAUGUUUGGGGGAAGCUUCAACCCAGACACAGAUAUUGGGCUCUCAUCCUUGGCACACGUGGAGUUAUACAGCGCUGAGUUUGGUAUUCUGGGAAAGCCGGAGCUGGUCAGACGUCCUAACUUCCACCCGUUGGAGAGUUGUGUAUACUUCUGGUCACAGACGGAAGCCGGGGACUUUGAUGUGCUGAUGUGCCUGAAUGAGGCGGAUGUACAGGCGUUGAAGAUGGAUCAGGAGUGGAAAGAGUAUGCGGAGUAUAUUGGGUGA